UCCCGGCUCCGGUUACAGUGUGGCGCGGCCGGGAGGGAGGUGUUCCUCGCCCUGCGGCGGAGGCGGCGGCUGGGCGCUGCUGGGGCGGGGGGGCUGGAGGGGGGGGGAAGCUCCGCGGCUGUGCUUUGCCGUCCCUCCCCCCCCCGCCGCCCCUCCCGCCGGGGCCGAGCGCGGCAGCCCCAGCCAGAGCUCCGCGGGAUCGAUCCCCCGGCCCGCCGCGCCCCGCGCCCGGCCCCGCCGCCGGAGCCGCAGGAGGGAGAGCGAAAGCUCCCAACAUGGCUGAGAUCGGCAUCGAUCAGUCCAAGCUGCCGGGCGUCAAGGAAGUGUGCCGAGACUUCGCCGUGCUGGAGGAUCACACCCUCGCGCACAGCCUGCAGGAGCAGGAGAUUGAACAUCACUUGGCAACAAACGUUCAGCGCAACCGCCUGGUGCAACAUGACCUGCAAGUGGCCAAGCAGCUGCAGGAAGAGGAGGAUCUGAAAGCACGAGCCCAAAUCCAGAAGCGCUACAAAGACAUAGAACGGCAGGACUGCGAGAUAGCUCAGGAAAUUCAGGUGAAAUUGGUGAUUGAAGCAGAGCAACGGCGCAGACAAGAGGAGAAAGACGAGGACAUUGCCCGCAUCCUACAGCAGAAGGAACUGCAGGAAGAAAAGAAGAGUAAAAAGCACUACCCAGAACCCCAGGGACACACCGCUCACGAGGACAGUUACUACCCAGAGAACGGAGACCACCUGAAGGGUAGCUCCAGGGAGCAGGUUUCUGAGUACUCGCGGCCCCGCCGAGCCCGGAGUGGUGACAGGCACGCGCGUCAGCGGAGAGAACCCCAAAGAGCCUCCCUGGCUCUCUCUGAUAACGCCACUGAAUGCGAGCACCCUGCCGCCGAGGCGUCUCAGAGCUCUCCUCCGCUGAGCAAGACCAGGGACGGCCAGCAACGUAGCAGGGAGCGGCGGAAACCAGCCAGCCGGGAGAGGCCUCGGAGACCUCCCAGCCUUGACCUGGACAGGACAGCUGACUAUGAGCCCUGGGACUGCAGCAGCAGCUUGGAAAGGAAGCCACUGGGCCGUGAGAAAUCCAGGAGACCUCCCAGCCUUGACCUGGACAGACCAGUUGAAUACAAUGCCUGGGACCACAGCAGCAGCUGGGAGCGGCGGGAAAGGAAACCAACUAGCCAGGAGAGGCCUCUGAGACCUCCCAGCCUUGAUCUGGGCACAGAGGUGGGACGUGCCAGCUGGGAGCAAAAAGAAAGAAGGCCAUUGAGCCAGGAAAGGCCUCGGAGGCCACCUGCUCUUAAACUGGACCUGGAGACUGACCGGGCAGCCUGGGGCCACAGCAAAAGCCAGCAGCAGAGAGACAGAAAGCCGCAGAGCAAGGAGAGAGCGAGACGACCUCCCAGUCUUGAUCUGGAAGCAGCUCAGGACCACAGCAGCAGCUGUUUAUCAUACCCGGAAAACCACAGGUCCCACCGCCAAGACCGCCUGUCCCCUAGGGGGUCUUGUGAAGUGAGGCUCCAUGAUGCAGAGGAAUUUCACAGGCAAGAUCAUAGGAGGGGUCAGGAGAGCGAUUAUAAAAGAGCAGGACACGGGCCAAGAACGUCUCCCUCCCCCCACACUGAGAACUGGGAAAGGGACAGAGACCGUCAUCGAGACCCAGGAUUGAAGUCGAGGGGGAUGAAAGAAGCUGUUUACACCAAACCCCGAGUGGCCCGUAGGGACCUGGAGCUGCAUGAUGCAGAGAUCGCUAGGAAACUGCAAGAGGAAGAGCUUCUGGCCAACCAGGUUGAUAAGCGGGCAGCACAAGUAGCCCAGGAUGAGGAGAUAGCUCGCCUGUUGAUGGCGGAGGAGAAGAAGGCUUACAAGAAAACGAAGGAACGAGAGAAGUCCUCUCUUGAAAAGAAAAGGCAGGACCAAGACUGGAAGCGUGACACAAGUGAAUUCAUGCGUCCAAGGUCAAGAGAGAGGCUUGAACCUCAGAGACCCAAGAGUGACAAACCUGCGCGGCCGCCACCACCUCCAGUCACAGAACUGGCUGACUUUGAUCACAGUCGUGGUUUUACGAGCCAGCCUAGCUCCGUGCGUCAGUUUUCUAAACCGGAGUCUUCUCCGAAAGGUUUCCAUUCCAAGCAGUAAAAAGCUAGACUUUGCAUUGAUACUGGCGCUCUUCUGUAGCAGACAUUACUGGAAUUCCCAGGAGAGCUUCUCAUUUCCUUUACCCAACUCGAGUUCCAUCCUCAGGACUUCUUCCUUUUUAAAUAUCAUGCCAAUAAGUAGGAUAUGUUCAUUCUGGUUUCCUGGUUGUUUGUGAUCACUUUAGUAGUGCAGUAAAAUCUAGCCACUGUGUAGCUGGCCAGCUGUACCCAGCUAGCUGACCUGACAACACCUUUACAGCCCUCUAAAUCCCAUUUUAGCUACAGCUGCAUCUUUGACAAUUAGUGACUUGAUCUUUGGGAGAGAGAGAGAGAGACAGACAACGGGGGGAAACGUCUGAGGUGUGAGGUGGAUUAUGGCAAUGCAGAAAUCCAAGGAAUAGGAUGGAGAUUAACACGUGACUCAGAUGACACACAGCUUUCUGUUGUAACCAGGAUUGCACAUCUCCCCGAGUCCUGAGUGAGAACCCGGAGCCAAAUCAACACAGAGCAACUGCUGUUUUCCAUGGUAGUUGGCAUGAAGGUGAACGCGUCUUCGUACAUCUACCAGCAGGCUGCUCGGACGUCACGCCCUUUGGAGAACCCCCUGUUCUGUCUGCAAAGUUUCUGCUGUGCUGUCACUUCUUAGGAAACACCUUUUGGAUGACCCAUGUAACAUGCUUCUGUGUCCGAGUGAGGCCUCUGAAUAAGGGGCUAUAAAACUUCAGCUCAUGCAGUACGUCUUGUAUGUAUUGCUUUUGAGAAGUUCUCAGUUUCUUGAUGCAGCUGUCUGGUGGAGCCGGAGGGGAAUAUAAAUUCGUGGGCCAUAGGGCCAAAAGGGACCAUUAUGAUCAUCUGGGGUGACUUCAUGCACGGCAUGGGUCAGAGAACCUCACCCAGGAAAAAUGGGGGGAGCUAGUAUUCUUUACACCAUUGAGCCCAAUCACUUGUGGCUGAACUAGAGUGGGUCUUCUAGAAGAGCAUUCAGUCUCUGUUUAAGAUGCCAUGUGAGGAUGAAGUAAUCACUUCCCAGAGGGCAGGAAUCCUCCCUCAAUCGAAGAUACCCACUUAGGUUCUCUCCUGUACUGAUCCUUGUGCCCCCCGCCCCAUGGGAGAUGAGUACCUCCUGGACCACCUCCCAGUGCUUUCAACCUCAGUGUUUUUGUCAAUCUCUGUGCAAAUACAUUUGAAUUGCAAAGCUGACCAUAGAUGUACAGUAAGUUCUUAAGCCUGUCCAGCCAAUAAGGGCUAGAUGGCCAGUCCGCAAGUCAGUGGCAGGAAUCAGAGGCAGUGGAUUGGUGAGCAGCCUGGGAGGGAAAUUCCUUGAUUUGCUGCUACUCCAGAGAGGUAGUAAACUGCACCGAGUCUGUACUUGGUGAAUCACCUCCCAGGGUCAAGAUGCUGCGGGGCACACGGAGAGGUAGAGAACGCAGCGGCUCUCCAGAGCCUGCUUGCACGAAGCGCUGGUGCACUUCACUGGCACAAGGGAGUAAGGAAUGCUUCUGCCCCCUCUGCUCCUUUGUAGCAGUCUGCAAGAAGGGCCGCAAUCAGGCCCCAAGGCCACGUCUUCGCUAGGGGGAAACAAUGUGUUCUUAACUCCAGCUAAGACAGGGCUGUCUGUAGCUGUCCCACGAGUUAAAGGCUAUGGAGCAGCAUAGGGUUUACCCUGACUUUCUAACUCAUGUGAAAACUACAAAUUGCCCUGGUCCUCACUAGGAUUUUACCUCUGAUUAGUUACCCUGUGUUAUAACAACAAUACCUGCCAUGCAGCACCUUUCAUCAGUAGAUCUCAAAGCAGUUUACAAAUCAUUUUACAGAUGGGGAAACUGAGGCAUAGAGAGGGGAGGUGACUUGCCUAAGGGCACCCAACCGGCCCGUGGCUAAGCUGGGACUGGAACCCAGUUUUCUGAGUCCCAGUCCAGUGCUCUAUGUGGCAGGCCACACUGCCUCUGUUAGCUAGCGUGAGUCAAGAACACACCUUUGUUCUGAAUGAAAAGAAGGCUUCGGUGAGUUAGAAAUAACGUGAGGGUUUUCUGCAUUGUUGGUAUCCCCCGCUGUCAAAUGGACUCACACCGACAUCUCCAGACUGCAGACGAGCGUGCCUGCUUUCCGCUCUGCCUCUCUCCAGGGGAUUCCGAAGCGCUCUCUUCCUCUUCUCAGGAAACAGCCCAGGCUGUGGCUAGAUUUGACUGCUCUUGUCUCCUGCCCUUUUAAUUGCCCCACAUCCGUCUCGUCAGGAACGUUAAUGGAGUUUUAAAGGAAACGGUCCCAAAAUGCACAGUGUGUUUUUUAUUUGAUAAUCUUGGCAUUUGCAAGGUUUUUAUGUUAUAAAUGUUUAUUUUUAUAUUUCAUGGAACAGUCAGUGUUUCUACUGCUGAGAAUGUCACUUCCUUUCCUGCAUCCCCCCAACCUGUAUGUAUUGUGAAACGGAACAGGGGCCGGGGUGACAAUUCUCAGAUGGUCCAAGACCAGGUCCUGCCCCUUGGGUCAUCCGGUAGUUGCCAAAUCAGAAUAUGGUUGCGUUUUACACUGGCUUUGUGCAAGUAUAAAUGAUGUCACAAGGUGGGGAGGAGAAUCCAACCCCUGUAGCUCAGCUGCUGUCGGGGUUUGGCAGUUUGUGAUGAUUUCCCCUCCCACGCCCUGACUGGAGGCUGCAGUUUCCAUCUUAUCCCCAUUAGGAAAGUCUUUAGGAGCCCCAUCCUGCUCCUGUUUCCGGGCCCGAUUCUGGAAAACAUCCCUAUUCAAGAAGGGUGCUCAAGUCUCAUUGAAGUCACUGGGACAUAACAUGCUUAGUUAGGUGACAAAGCUCCCAUUGACUUGAAUGGGAACUGGAUCAGGCCCUAAGAAUCCAUCCCUGCUCCUGUUGAAGUCAAUAGGCAUCUUUUGUUGAGCAAGGAUCAGGUCCUAAAUAGGUGGAAGAUCGAGGACCUGAUUCACCACAGGCCUAAGCAGCCAUGAAUGACUCUGCUGAUAUCAGUACAGUGGCCGCUGCUUACGCCAGACAUAACAUUGGCCCUUAGAGCUAAAGCUCCGGCUGGUUGGUUGGUGUCCGUGAUGAUUCUAAUAAGACCCAACCAGGGCUAUGUGCUCUUUCCCUGACGGAAAGCCAGGGAACCAACCUUUCUGUUGCCCCGUUUAAGUAGCUUGGCCUAUUGCCUUGCUCUGAAUUAAAACGUAUAUGUCAAAAGGCCGGGAAAACCUGCCGGUGUCGUUCCCACCUCUGUUGCAUUUCUUCCUGUGUGCUUUAUGACAAGUAACAGAAAGUCCAUGGUAGUGAAGCACGUUGCUUCCCGAGUUUCGAUAGCCGGCAGGCACACGUCACUAAUGCCUCCCAAAGCUUUGAUUUACACAGCUCACUUCGUACAACGAGAGCGGGAAGCAAACGAAUUUCCAUACCCAGUCUUGGUUGAUGCUCUUGCCACCGCUUGGUCUUCCGUCCAAAGCACAACAGUUGUAGCCAUCUUUGAGGCGUGCGGUUAGGCAAACGGAGUGGUCGUGCCUUAAUCCCGGGGUAGUCGACACCAUAGCCAUUCUGAUCAGAGUCAGUGUGCUAUAAAAUAAACCCAGCCUGCCAUCUUAAGACAUGUACUGUACAAUGAGGAGAAUGGAGGAUGCCAAUGGGAGACAGAGGCAGCAGGUUAACCUCAUGGUUUUUAAAGGACUUUCUGGUUACUAUUGAGUGAAAAAUCGUUUUUUAAUUGGUAGGUUAUUUUUUAUCAUUUGGCUUCCCUCAUGGGGAGGGAGGGUAGAAUCUACAACAGCUGAAGCUGCUUAGCUCCACAAAGGGAUCUUGUAUGUACAGUAUUUUUAUAUUGCAGCAAGGCAGGCCUUUUAAGAUGGGAAUUGGGACAAUUCAUCUUUAAUACAGGAAAAAAUGGAUUUUUUUUAAUAGCCCUCAACUUUGUGAUUUUCAUUUUGUGCCAAAUUAGACCAGCUGUUCCAGCGUAGGGUAUUCAUUCAACUUGCCACACUGGAUUGAUGUAUGUACGUAUUUUUUUUUUUUUUCGGGAUUUAAUUUUUGAUUAAGAUUAGCCUGUAUGCAAGCUAACUGUGGAUUUCAAAUUGAUGAUUUCCGUGCGUGGGAAUGUUUUGGAGGCAGUACAGAUACAGUGAUUUUAUUUUAAGGCUGCAGAAUGCCCAGCCUACCAUGUCCUCUUGUAUCCCAGCAUGGCCAAUCAGUCAAAUAAUCAAAAGUGGCCUUCUUAUGCAGCAUAUCCUCCCGGGCAUCUGCCGCCCUGAGCAGGUUCUCAGUGCUGUGAGCCUUGGAGAGCCAGCGUGGCUGUGCUGAGAUACGACAGGGAUGGGCACAAUACUUAGGUCUAGAUAGAAGUGGGUUGUCCCACAGGCCUUGCCCCCUGGGAAGCUCGAUCCAAGCAGAGUUGUUGUUAUGGAAGGGAUCUUGCAGCACCGGGGAACAACCUUUGAUUUUGCACUUGCCCCAUCAUUGCCCAGACCUGCAGUUGAAUUUUGCCCAUCUGCCAGUGCAGGGGACAGUUCUUGGCCCUUGUCUCCCGGGUUCUAAAGCUCUCUUGACUUCCCCAAUGUUGUUGGUUUGAGAGACCUCUAUGGGGCAGCACUGAUUCUGAUGGGAGGUUCGGCAGUGCAGCUUGGAGCUGUAUAUAUCACUCGAUAGCUGGUUGCUUCUGUGGAGAAGAUAUUUUUAAUCACUAUAAGUAGCAGUUGCACAGUUUAUUUUUUAAGAUGAUGCUGUAACAGACCUUGUGGUUCUCUAAUAAUUUCACAGUCGUUGUCACUAUGCUGCACACAAUGGCUACAGCAGGCCUAGAACUCAGCACCUCCUGCGCUGAAAGCACAGGGCCUUGCCUCUUGAGCUAGAAAUGUCUCUCCAUUACCUUUUAGCAGCACAGGGUCUAUAAUAAGACGCAGUUCAGACUCUAUCCAGCAAAGGGCAGUGGUGGAGACAAACCCUGCCCCCUUAACUACAGUCCUGUCUUUGUCCCAAUAAGCAGUUUCACUGUAUCAGUGUUCUCUUUAAGUCGAUUCUGCUGCGUCUCCAACUGUGUUUAUGCACUGCAAUACAGCUAACCACCUCAAAGAAGUAACUAAUGUAGCUCUUCAGGGUAAACUUUCAGCAUGGGGCAAGGAGAUAUUAGCCAUAGAGUAAAAUUAAUUAGUCAAUAGGCUAAAUCCCUCAGAGCUGCAAAUAUACCCUGUGCUCUAACAGCUAACCCAUAAAUGUAAAUUGGACACUGACAAUAAUCCAUCUAUGCAACCCUGUUGUUUUUUGACUGUCCUCUAGUUUUAUCAGGUUUAACAUAGAACUUCUGAAUGAUAUUUAACCAAAGUAUCACGUUUGUGUGUAUAGCAUGAUUUGCUUCUUUUUUCCUGAACUCAUUGAAUGUAAAGAGAAUAUCGCCUUGUCCAUCUUGUUCAAUAAACCGUAGUCUUUUGUUAUC